CCCCACCGCAUCGCGUCGCACGCUUCCCCGCUUCCCUCGCCUUCCCUUCACUCCGCCGCGGAUGCAGAGCCACGCCGUCGACGACGCCGGGGGGACGAGCCCCGUCGCCACGGCGCCGUCCAGCCCCACCCGCCGCCUCUGCCCCAGGGACGACGACGACGAUGGUGGCGGCGGCGGCAGCGGGCACUUGUUCUUCUUCAGCGCCCCGGCCAGCCCCGUGCACUACAUCCUCCGCUCGCCGCCGUCCUCCACCGCUGCGUCGACAGCGGCGGCGGGGCACUGCGCUCCCGCCGUCGGGGAGGGUGAUCACUACGGAUGCGGCGGCGCGGGGGAUUUCGAGUUCGCCGCGCGGCAGCAUGGGGAUGGGGAUGGCGGCGCCGCCGCGAUGAGCUCGGCGGAGGAGCUGUUCGUCGCUGGGCGCAUCCGCGUCGGGUGCCUCUCCCCCAUACGGCAAGAGGCCGGCUUCGGGGAGCAGCAGGAGGAGUACGAGGAGGUGGUGGGAGGAGGAGAUGCCGGCGGCGAUGGCCAACGGCCGCGGCCUCGCCGGGCCAGAUCGGCGUCGCCGCCGCGGAGCCCGCGUCCAGCCAACAAGGUCACGGCGCCAUCGGACUCCUUCCCCUCAGCGUCGUCGUCGUCUUCCUCCACCUCCUCCUCCUCCUCCACCAAGAACACUCGCCGGCGGAUAUCGCUGCGGGACCUCCUCCUCGGCGGCACCGCGAACAACAGCAACUCAUCCGCCGCCGCCGCCAUCACCGGCGCUGCCGCCGAGAGGUCGUCGGGCUUCUGGCCCCCGUCCAUCUGGCCGUCGUCGCGGUCCAAGAAGACCAGCACGCUCGCGCUGCCCUGCCCGUGCCCGGCGCCGGCGCCGCCGCUGCAGCCAGCCCGCCGGUCCACCUCGUCGGACAGGUCGUCGGCGCCGCGGCGGCGCACCACGUCGCUGCCUUACCGGCAGGGGCUGGUCCUCGGAUGCCUCGGGUUCGGGGCCCGGAGCUACGGGCUUGCCAAGUCAAUGCAUCCGCUUUCAUCACGGUAAAGGCGUAAACGAAAAAGCCGCCUUCAAAGGGAAACCGAUAAAAUCUCUGCAUUUUUCAGUUCAUAGAACUUUACAUAAUCUUGCGAGGGCUUGCAUGAAAAAAAGGGAGGAAAGAAAGGAUGUAAAUUAAAAUUUUGUUCUGUUGCUUCUGUCCUUUUGUGGCAAUGCUAAAUUCAUACUAUUUUAUAUUCCUAUGUUCAUCAUUAGUACAAGUCCUUGUGAUGCAUAAAUUUAUGCAUUUGAUUGGCUAGUUUGAUCCUGUGUCCUUUGUUGGUUUGAUUGUGAC